AUGGUAAAUGUAAAUCCAGACAUGGCCAUCUUUAUCACUAUGAAUCCGGGCUACGCUGGUCGAUCUAAUCUACCAGAUAAUCUUAAAAAGUUAUUCCGCUCACUCGCGAUGACACAACCAGAUCGGCAACUCAUCGCUCAGGUGAUGCUUUACUCUCAGGGUUUCCGUACUGCGGAGAAUCUUGCCAACAAGGUUGUUCCUUUCUUCAAACUCUGCGAUGAACAACUUUCACCUCAGUCUCAUUACGAUUUUGGUCUUAGGGCACUAAAAUCGGUACUUGUUUCAGCUGGGAACGUGAAGCGUGAACGAAUCCGUUUGGUCAAAGAUGAGAUUGCUGCGAGGAACGAGAAGAUUGACGAAACAGCAAUCGCCGAGCAGCUUCCUGAGCAAGAAAUUCUUAUUCAGUCCGUUAUGAAGACCAUGGUGCCCAAAUUAGUUGCCGAGGAUAUUCCUCUACUCUACAGUCUUUUGGCAGAUGUCUUCCCGGGAAUAAAAUAUAGUCAAUCGGCCAUGAAGAGUCUUAGGCGUGAAUUGCGCCGUGUAGCCGAAGAGCUCUUUUAUGUUUUCGACGACGAGGGUCUCGAUUCAGUUUCUCCAGUCGGCGCUGCCUCCUGCGACUUAUCAGGCUCAUCCAGUACCUCAAAUACUCCCGGCCGUUUAUGGGUAGAAAAGGUGCUUCAACUAGACCAAAUCGUCUCUAUCCAUCAUGGUUUGAUGAUGGUUGGACCUUCCGGCAGUGGAAAGUCUUCUGCUUGGCGAGUCCUUUUAAAAGCGCUUGAGCGUCUUGAGGGGAUCGAGGGAGUGGCUCAUGUUAUCGAUCCGAAAUCAAUCAGCAAAGACAAUCUCUACGGCUACUUGGAUCCAAAUACGAGGGAGUGGACUGACGGUCUUUUCACACACAUCCUUAGGAAGUAA